UUGUCAGCGGUCAUAGGGUUAUGAUUUGGGAGGUUGUGGUGCUGUGGGUGAUGGGAAUGUCAAAGUGAGGGAUAGUUUUGAGUGAUUUUGAGGGGUCGAUAGGGAUUGUUUGAAGGAGUUGUUGCGGGUUAAACCCAAUAAAAACGAGAUAAAGAUAGCUGAGGUCCUCCGAAUGCCCGCAGUUGCCGGCGAAGAUGCAGACGAUAAGGGGCGACACCUCGGAGCGUCGCUUCGAGAUAGAAUGCAAGCUCGAGGGUGAAAUGGGGGCGAUAGAGGCCCUCCGGGGGGCCGAGGACCGGAGCAAAAAGCUCACCAGCGGUAUGGUAGCGAUCCUCGGCUCCCUGGAGCAGCGGCUGGCGACCCUCCGGCGGACGAUCCUCCCUGUGUACAACGAGACCGGAAACCUCCAGUCGCAGCAGCACAACAUAGAGCGGACGCUGAACGCCCUGGACCACGCGAUCGGCUACUACGGGGUGUGCCAGGAGGUCGAGGGGGCGGUGAGAAGCGGCCCCAGCGGGGCCGGCGGCCUCGACGGCUUCCUCGACGCCAUGAACCGCCUCUACAACGCGGAGAGGUACUUCCAGAAGAACAAUCCGAGCUCGGUGGAGCUGGAGAACAUCUCGACGCUGUUCAACGUGGGAUUGGACUCGCUGUGCUCGGAAUUCCACGACAUCCUGGCGAGGCAGAGCAAGCCCAUUCUGCCGAUAAUUCUGCUCGAUCUCAUCGGCUCGGACGAGGACACGAGUGGGGAGGACGCCCCACAGUCCCUCAAUCAACUGCCUGAGAGCGCCCUGGGGGACCUGGUGAAGAUCGCCAUGUGGCUCGAUGAGAGGGGCCACCGGAGGCACGCGAACAUCUACUCCUCGGUGAGGUCGGCAAUCGUUCUGCGAUCGCUGCAGCUGCUGAAGGAGCACCAACGCUCCGCCUCGGGCGGGAGCACUCACGCGGGGAGCCCCAUGCCCAGGUCCAAGUUCGCCCAUCGGCAUUCCAUUGCAUCCGGGGCUGAAGCCACCAGCCGAAGAACUUCCAAGCGCCUUCAGCACGCGAUCGAGAAGAAAGCCAGCAAGAUGCUGAUGAGAGCGUCGCAGUCCACUGGGAUUGGCCUGGCGUUCCCCUCCUCCAGGAAGCCGUUGCCCUCGCUCCCCUCGAAUUGCGCUCCUGAGGAUGCUGCGCCCGACGAACAGGAGAUGGAGAACUACCUGUUGCUGACAGCGGGACUGCACAGGCUCAUGCAGGCCGAGAGGAGCCUCGUCGCAAGGAUCAUCCCGACUCUGCUGCAGCCCCAGGUCCUGGAGGCCACCGUCAGAGACGCCAUGGACCUCGUCGCACACGACGGGGAGAGCAUCGCCACGAGGGCCAAGAGGUGCAUCACUAGGAGGGACUUCUCAGCUGUUCUCGUGGUUUUUCCCAUUCUGAAGCAUCUCGGGGAACUCAAGCCGGAUUUUGAGAGGACUGUCGAGGGCUGCGAUUAUGCCCUGAGAUCGAAGUUUGCGUCGGUUUUGAACACUCUGAAUACGACGGGAGCAAAAGCUUUAGAAGAUUUUGCAGAGAGUGUCAGAAAUGAGUCUGGAGCUGCACUACCCAAAGACGGAACAGUAGCUGAAUCCACAAGCAACGUCCUUGUGUUUCUCGAGCAGUUAUCCGAAAAUGCUGAAACAGCGGGGAUUGUCUUACGCCGGAACAAUGAAGUCGAGUCGAUAUCAACUUCCAGCGCUAAACAAACAGAGAACACCCACAGAGUUCUCCUCGGUGUCUACAUCAAGAAAGUCCUCGCCCAACUGAACCUCGCUCUCGUCAGCAAGAGUGACACUUCUUACUCAGAUCCAGCGUUACGAGCCUUAUUCAAACUAAAUAAUCAUAAUUAUGUUGUGGAGAAACUCCGCAACAGUACUCUGUUGGAACUGCUACUGUUGGCGGAAUCCACUGCUGCACAAACUUACCAGGAUCUUCUCGUCAAAGACAAGACUAAUUAUGUUUCGGCGACUUUUGCUAAAGCAAGGGCCUAUCUCGAACAUUCUGGUGAUGAACCUGAGCUCGCAGUGAAGUCCCUGAAGGAGCGUUUCUCCGGAUUUUCCCGCGAGUUCGAGGAGUCUGCGAAGAACCAGCGCACCUACUCAGUACCUGACGCGCGUCUUCGUGAGACACUUCGCCGAGAGUUGCAGCACUCCCUCGUCCCCCAGUACUCCGUAUUUUACAACAAAUACAGAAAUACUCCGUUCACAAAGAACCCAGCCAAAUACAUAAAAUACACACCGGAACAAGUGACGUCAUUGAUAAAAACGUUUUUUGAUACAGCAGCCUGAGGCUCGUUAUCGUGGGAGAAGAGAUAUAAGUCACAUUGUUUUAGUAAACACCCAUUUAAUAAAGCAAAUUUAGUUACAAUAUCUAUAAUAAUUCCAUGCUUUCGAUGGCUCGAGUUUAAUCCCAGUUGUUAUCGUGCUCAUUGAAUCUGUUCCCAUUAAAAUUGAUUAUUUAAAAAUUUGUCCUUCAUUUAUCUGAUUGCAAACACUUUCAGGCUGUUGAUAAGUCAUUAAUCCGAUCUGGGUUUAUGUGAUAACAAAGCUCAAUGGUUCGAUUUCAUCGGAAUAAUUGAGAUUUUGGCAUGAAAUUUUUAGCUUGAACUUCAAUUUAUUCAACGAUAAAAAUUCCACGCGAAAAUAAUUGAUCUUUGAAAUCAGCUAGGGGUGAGUUUUUUGAGACUCUCUUUGAGUUCUUGAUGUCACAGGGUUUUUCAUUGGAAAUUUUCGUAAUGUUUAUUCAUCUAUGCGUGCAGAAAAUGGGAAGUAAUGGAGAGAAAUCCGUAAAAAACUAUUGAUUGUACUGAAUUUUUUGAAAUUACGAGUUACAUUUUCGAUAUUUAAUCAUUUUUUAUUGAGAUGAAUCAUUAUUAGCCUGAGAGAAACAUAAAUAACUCUCAGUCUCAUAAAAAAUGAAUGUUAUAAAAGUAGGAAGCAAACUAGAUUUUUUUCUUGACAUUUCUACACUUUUAUUCAUAAAAUUCUUGAUCUAAGAGUUUGUAAUUUUAAAAAAUUCACAAGGGCAGAACAAAAUGAUGGCAAUAAAGGAAAUCAUCUACGCAUGCAAAUAAAUAUACAAUUUUUCUUUCGUUUUCCCAAAAUAAAAAUUAAAAAAUUGAGUUUAUUGGCAAUAAUAAAUGACUUUUCCUCAUUUUUUCUUGCAAGAAAUCAUUAUUUUAAUCAAUCAGACCUCAAAUAAAUUCUUCAAGUCUCAUAAAACCCGAAAUAACUCUCAAUCUCCUAAAAAAAAUUGAAUAUCAUAAACAAAAGGACGCAAACCACAAUUUUUCUUGGUAUUUCUAAAUUUUUAUUCAUAAAAUUCUUGAUCCAAUGCUUUGUAAUUGAAAAACUCACAAGAGUAGAAUAAAACAACGAAAAUAAAGGAAAUCAUCUGCUGUUUUCUCUCAAAAUGCGAAAAAUCUCGUAAUUUUUCAGUCAUUGUCACCAAAAUAAAAAUUCUGUUAUAAAAAAAUAGAGUACACUAGCAAUAAGAACUGACUUUUUCUCAAUAUUUCCCAGAUUAUGCAUGCACAAAACACGACAAUUCUCAAUACAAAGUCCUGUGGCUGCGAAAACUUGCAAGUCUCCCCUCAAUAAAAAAAUGUAUAUGAACGCUCUAGUUGGAGAAUGAAAUUUCGCGACUGUGAAAUCCCUCAUUUCAUUUGUUAAAAACGAUAUUUACCAACGAAUCCGUUAAAAAAUAAAUUUCCCCUCAUAAUUUGUCGACAAAAAGCACAACUCGGCCACUCGACAAGUUUUCCCAUAAUUUUCAUCUCGUAUUUUUGUCUUUUCCAUUAUUUUUCGUAUAUACUCAAAUAUAUAUAUAAAAAACAAGUAACGUUUUUUCUCCCUUUUGUCGAUUUAGUUUCGAUUAGUAGCUUACACAUACGACGCGAUGAUGACAGUAAUAGGAAUGAGUUUGAACUCCAGCAGUUAUUUACAAUUAUUUGCUAUUUCAUCACUCGCUCACUUGCAUCUAUUUUUUUACGUUUUAUUUAUUUUGUUGUAUAACCCACGCGUUCGUAACAUUCAUACUUUACCUAGUCACACCGAGGAUGAAUCCAAAUAAAAAACUUUAAUUCUCUGGU